AUGGAGGACCUACCGAAGGCUUUGGUGAAAGAGAUUCUCAACAGGAUCACCACGACAAGUGAUCUGAAUUCUCUUUCCCUCGUGUCAAAGCAGCUCUACAAGAUAGAGGGGAAUCAAAGGGGCGCUAUCCGUGUUGGUUUCGGUCUUCCCACUGCUACAAAUGCGCUGACAUCAUUCUGCGCCUGCUUCCCGAAUCUGCGGAAAGUGGAAAUCGAUUACUCUGGUUGGAUACCUGGACAUGGAAAGCAGCUGGACAACAAAGGCCUUUCUGUGCUUUCAUCUCACUGUUCCUUGCUGGUUGACCUCACCUUAAGCUUCUGCUCAUGCAUCGAUGACUCUGGGCUUGGUUGCUUAGCGAAUUGCAAGAAAUUGGUGUCUUUCAGGCUCAAUUCCACACCACAAAUAACUUUGAUUGGGCUUUUCUCGGUUGUGGUUGGUUGCACAAGUCUAUCUGCUCUCCACCUUAUUGGUUGCGAGAAAAUUGACAGUGUAGAGUCUUCGUCGCUGGCCAUGGCCGCAACAUCACACCGCCCCGCAGACAACGUCUUCGCCGCCGCAACGUUGAGCCCGCGCCAAGCCGUAGCCGCCCGAGGAGCACCGCCGUAG